AUGCUACGCGUAUCUCAAUCAGUUGUGCGAAUUCGCAAUGAGAAUCUGAAUCUGAUUCGGAACUCGUCGACGAAACACGUGUUCGCGUGUGUUCUCGGCUCGGGAGUCGCCGGAAGCUCAGUUGCUUAUCAUUUGGUCAAACGGAAUAUCAAGGAUAUAUUGUUGUUGGAACGCGCCAGUGGUAAAAACUUUUUAUUUUUAAGCGUCGCCUCUCCUAGUGGCACAUCAUUCCAUUCGCCGGGUCUCGUCGCGGCUAGUCAUCCGGCUCAUCGUUAUAAGCCGAUUCUCGCACAUUCCGUCGAUUUGUACUCGAAAUUGGAGCAGGAAACUGGAGUAAAAAUUGAUUUCAAACAAACGGGAACCCUUCGAUUGGCCACAAAUGAGGCCCGACUUGCCGAAUUUCGAAAAUAUGUUUCGAGAGAUUAUUAUAAGGAGGGCGACGUGUGCAAGACGACACUUCUGACGCCGGAUCAAGUCAGAGAACUUUCGCCAGCACUUGAUCAUUCGAAGAUUCUUGGAGCUCUUCACACCACAAAUGAUGGCUCAAUUUCGGCACGAGGUCUUACUCAAGCUUUUGUUGCCGGCGCAAAAGCUGGAGGAGCUCAAGUUAUAGAUGGUGCUAUUCCGAAACAUAUUUUUUAUGAUAAGGAAAAGGGACAUUGGACGAUUCUUCUCGAAGAUGGGACCACUGUGUACACUCGCAAUUUGGUGAAUGCUGGUGGAAUUUGGGCGAAUGAUAUUGCGAGACUUUCCGGCUACAAAUUGCCUGUUGUUGUUGUUGAGCAUCAAUAUGCUGUUAUCACUCCAGGAUCUUCUCCUAGUGAGACGCCUUCUAUCAUUGAUCAUGACAGUGCAUUCUAUGUAAGAAAAAGUGGCGAUGAGUACCUUUUUGGCGCAUUUGAAAAUAGCGAGAAGACGGUGAUUCGUGAGGAUUGGUAUAAAAACGGAGUACCGACAGGAGGUUCGCAGACAGUUAAGCAGGAUUUCUCAAGAGUUGAAGACUCUUUCAAACGGGCUUGCGAGCUUAUUCCGGAUCUUCAAGGAGCCAAGGUUGACGCGAGAGCUGCGGUUUUCAGUAUGACUCCUGAUGGAUACCCAUUGGUUGGCCCUUAUGACAAGAACUACUGGAUGUCGACGGGAUUCCUUGAUGGUGUCAGCAGCGGAGGAGGAAUUGGAAAGUAUUUGGCGGAUUGGAUAGUUGAUGGCGAGCCACCUGCGGAACUGUUCGAUACUGAUGCGAGCAGAUAUGAUCGAUGGGGAGAUCGCAAAUUAUUCACUGAUCGCAGUCGUGAGACAUAUUCGACAUAUUAUAAUUGGUCGUAUACUGAUCGUCUUGCCGGUCGUCCGACCGAUAGAAUUAGUGGAAUUUAUGGACGAUUGAAACGCGACGGCGCCAACUUUUUGUUCAGAAAUGGAUGGGAGGUGGCGAAUUCUUUCCCGAUUCCCGGACAAGAGGAUGAGGGAUACUUGCCGACGCUCAUUCGAGAAUAUGAGAUGGUUACCAAUAAGUGUGGACUCAUUGAUUUGUCGUGGAAAGGAAAGAUCGAGGUGAAAGGAAAGGAUGCGGAGAAGUUGAUGGAUUACGCAUUGGCGAGCAAGAUUCCGCCUCUUGGCAAAAUCUCGUCGGGAGUGAUGCUCACUCGUCGUGGAAAUAUAUUGGCCCCAUUGAUGGUCUUCCAUCAUGACAGACAUCGAUCGGCGUUUAUUUUGCUCACUGAGCCGGAACGCGAAUCUCGUGAUUUGUAUUGGCUUCGCCGCGCUGCCGCCGAGCAACAGCUUGAUGUGCAAGUUUCGUUGGUUUCGGAGUAUCUCGCUUCGUUGGCUCUCGUUGGUCCGAAGAGUCGAGAAGUGUUGUCGGCUCUUACCAAAUCUGAUGUCUCUGACGAGGGAUUCCCGCAGAAAUCGACGAGAAUGAUCCGUUUGGGACCAGUUGGUGUGGUUUGCGCGCGAUCGUCGACGUCCACUGGACAGCUUUCUUACGAGUUGUUCCACAAUCGUGCCGAGACCCAUAAGUUGUAUAAUGCUAUGAUGACUGCUGGAAAGGAGCACGGAAUUGUCAACUUUGGACAGGCUGCGUUGAACAUGAUGAGACUUGAGCAUGGAUACAAGAUUUGGGCAAGAGAGCUUACUCUUGAUACGAAUCCGUUUGAAUGCGGUCUCGGAUCUCUUGUUGAUUUUAACAAGAAGGAAUUUAUUGGAAGAUCGUCGGCUUUGGAGCUCAGCAAGAAGGAAUUCAAGAGAAGAUUGGCAUUGAUCACAUUUGAUGUUGAGAAUGGGCAAAGUGUUGAUGUCAAGCAUAUUCCGAUCGGAAAUGAGGUUAUUCGACGAGAUGGAGAGGAGAAGAGAGUUGGACAAAUCACCUCCGGAGCUUAUAAUGUCAGAGUGCAGAAGCCAAUUGCAUUCGCUUGGUUGGAUAAAUCUGUGGAACCAAAUGAGAGGCUUGUCGUUGAUGUUGGAGAUGCUCGCUUGAUUGCUGCCAGCAUUGAAACGCCGACGAUCCCGCCGAUUCAAUAA